AUGACCGCCGUCGCAACCGCCCCCGUGAUGAGCAACCACGAGAAUGCUUCCGACCACAGUCCUUCGCGCUUCACCGCGGUAAAUGGAAGGGAUUCAGUAUCCGCUCCAUCAAAACCUCACAAUGAUCAGGAUUCUUCUGGUCCGAGGGAACCAAGUCUAGGACUGGGUCAGUCACUGGGACACUCCAACUCGGCUGAGCGUCAGGACCACGAUCGCGGCAGCGGCAAUUCACGCCCAUCACCUUCACCGUCACCUAACCCCAACUCCAACUCCAACUCCAACCACAACCACCCUAACCACAAGCGAAAGCGAUCCGAGUCUAGAGAGCAGCAAGAUCACUCUCCACGCGAUCUGACCGGUUUCAAUCGUGGUUCUCUAGAUCAUCCCGAUGUUGAUGGCCCGCCCGCUUCCAAUGGAGCGGGGUCAGUGUCAGGUUCGGGCUCGGGCUCAGUCUCAGAGUUCGAAACUUCCCAUCCUGGACCUGCAUCGGCCCAUCGAUCCGACACCAAUGAUGCACCAUCCGGCCCGUGGCCCGAUUAUGAUUCACAGUUGAUCAGUCAGGCACAACGCGCCCAGCAGUUCGAUCCGUCCGAUGCCCACUUGGCCGAUGCCUUGCAACGUGAAGCUCAAGGUCAAGAACGUGAUAUAGCUUCUCGCAUUCUCCCGUCCCAGUCCAUUUCCAUUGGUCCACCGAAUUUGUCAAAUUAUUCGUCCGACCGUUCGCCGGCCGCCGUUCAGGUGGCACCAAAGAGGAAACGCGUCUUCAGCAAUCGAACCAAGACUGGCUGUAUGACGUGUCGCCGGCGGAAAAAGAAAUGUGACGAACAACACCCUGCCUGUAAUAAUUGCAUCCGUGGAGGCUUUCUAUGUGAAGGUUACACGUCGCGGAGUAUGUGGCAGAAGCCAUCCAGUGCGAAGGCACCCGUUCCAUUGCAGUCUAAAGAUGGCUACGCCGAGGUUGGGGCUCAGUAUCUACCAGAAAAUUCCCAACAUCAUGAGCGGCCGGGAAUGGUCGAACACGCCGAACGGAAGAUGCGACCUGCGGUAGAUGAGGGGGAACGGUCAGCCCAACACCAUCACCAACAUCAACACCAACAUCAACAUCAACACCCACCCCCUCCACCACCACCACCCCCACAACCCCUACCACAGCAGCAACAGCAACCGCAACAGCAACCGCAACAGCAACCGCCCCCACCGCAACAGCAGCAACAGCAACAGCCGCCCCCACCACCCCCACCACCACAACAGCAACAACAACAGUAUACUACGAGCCCAACUGGCACCCAUGCAUCAUGGUCGAAACGAGGAUGGGCCGGUGCAGCCCAGCCCGCUUACGUCUCCGAGCACAUCCCAAAGCCAGAUUAUCGAGAAGUCCCCCCCAGUCCAUGA